AUGGGUAUCCCAUCUAUGUAUGGGAGGAGGAUGCCCGUGGCGGACGAGCUGCCAUGCCCAGCCCACGGUUUCCGUGCAUGGAGGAGGACGCCCGUGGCGGACGAGCUGCCAUGCCCAGCCCACGGUUUCCAUGCACGAAGUGUCACGGACUACAUUCGGAGGCUUUUUGCUUCGAGGCACUACUCCAAGGAAAUCAGGCAUCAUGCGAAAUCUGCUGCCGAACGUGGGUUGCCAGACGGGUUCAUCUGUGACAUCACAGACGGCAAGGCUUACAUCGUCAUGAAGGAAUCUGAGCAAGGUGGACAGCCUCCCCUGCAUGACACGGACAUCCUCCUCGGUGUCUUCACUGAUGGAGUCCAGGCAUACAAGGACGAUGCUAGUUACAGUCUGUACCCCGUCGCCAUCACAGCAUACAAUUUCAGCCCAGACAUAAGGUACACCCACGGCGUGACAACGGUCCUUGGCAUCCUGCCAGGUUCCCGAAAGAAGGAUGAGGGGGAGAGGCCGCGUGUUGGGUGCGUGUUGAAGCUCCUGUCCAGGGAGCUGGAAAGCCUGGCGGAGUGCGGGGUGGAUACUUUCGAUGCACACACGGAGUCCUACAUCAAUGUCAGGGUUAGACUUCUCACGGCCGGUGGGGAUUACCGGGCCAUCGAGGACAUGCUGCGAAUGUCAGGGGCACCACGAGUAAAACAUGGCUGCUAUAAGUGCUGGACAGCUGGCAGCAAGGGCGUCCACAAGUACAACUAUCCCGGAGCAUGGACGUGGCUGGACGUCAGAUCACCCUUCGUUUUGUCGCUGAGGAGGAAGCUGUCGUGCGCGUGUGCCGGGGAGUUGCGGGAAUUGAACCCACGACCUCUCGCACCCUAA